AUGGCUAGGUCUCUGAUCGAUAAGCACCCGCUUCAGUGGAUGUCGAGUCCUUCAAGGGGGUUCAAUGAAGCAUACGGCUGGCAUUUCCAAUUUCUGACAGUGAUUGGCCUGUCGUUAUCAACACUCACAUUCGCCGUUGCACUAUUAGCCGAUAUUACCUCGUCCCGGCGACUGUUCCUAAUCAAGAACAUCCUAUCAGUAUGCAGUGCCCCCCUUGAGGUUGUCAUCAGUGUCUUGUAUUGGGGUCUUCGCGUUAUUGAUGAGCGAUUGGUGAUCCCCCCGGACAUUUUUAUCCCCAUUCACGCCGGUAUGUGUAUUAAAAUUACCUUUGGUCAGGAUACCCCUGAUAACAAAAUGAUAGACAUUAGCUUCCACGCCACACCGUCCGUGGUGAUGUUGAUUGACCUGCUGCUCCUGUCCCCGCCAUGGACAAUCACUGCACUCCCGGCACUGGCUUUGUCUGGCACCAUCGCCUUUGGCUACUGGUUCUGGAUUGAGCAAUGCUUCUCUCAAAAUGGAUGGUUUGUGUAUGAUCCAGCACUUCCGGCGUCAUCGACUGACUCAUCUAGGUAUCCAUAUCCUAUCUUUGAAGCACUGCCCACGUCAGGUCGUAUUGGCCUCUUCACUCUCAGCGCCGUUGUGAUGGCAAUGAGCACCAUCACUCUCAAGUGGCUUCAUGGACGCGUCAAUGGAUUUGGUAGCCCCCUGAAGCCGGAAUCACGUUCUGGUGAUAUCAAGCGAAAGGACGGACUCUAG